AUGAAGCUCCACCUGUUCCACAUCUGCUCGUCCCUCUCUACCCCCGUCCUGCUCUCAUUGGCACUGCUGCUCUUGCCUCCAGGGGGCUUAAGUAUUCCCCACCAUCCGGCUGCCUACCUGCCUGCGCUCGAUGGCCCAGAUUGGGAGGCGGCUCUGCUGAGGCUCCAGGCCUGGCUAGGGGGGGCCCCAGGGGCUGGCGAGGCACAGCCCUGGGCUCUGAUUGGGGAGAUGGGACCUGAGGAGUUUCUGGCCAGACUGCAGGGUGUGGAGAACCAACUAGGAUGGGCAUCGGCCCCCUGCAGGGGGGUGCUGAGGGGCCAGAGAGAAGAACUGAGCCGGAGACCCCUGGGAACCCUUCCCCAAAAUCAAAUGGAAAUGGUGCACUACCACCAGCGAGGCAGGGACGAGGGUGAAGGAAGUGAGAAGAGGAACGAGGCGCUGAUGUCCAUCGCCGGAGGCCUGCAGGCUUUUAACAGACAGAAAGGAGGAUUUGGGUUCCGCUUUGGCAGGAAGUGAUGUGGAGAGGGGGCGGGGCAGAGGCUG